UUUAAAAAGAAUGACUCUGGAGCCUGGAUACGAUAAAUUAAGAAGAGCCCGUUCGACACGACUACACGAGUCUAUUCUGGCCCACUAACGACCUCCUUCCUUUCCCCGACUUCACGCCUUUGAAUCGUUGAUGCGAGCAGCCUGACGAGAAAGGAAAACGGAACAAUACCCUGCCGGUACGGCCAUCGGAGGAGUGUUCUGCGGACCCAUGAGCGGGAAAGCCCGAAAUUUCCGCCGCCGUGGUGGAGAGGACGCAGAUGAAGCUGAAACGUCUGCAGUUUCCGCGCCGAAUGGCAACUUGGCUAAGUCGCAAGCCAAACCUGUCGCCAGCUUCGGCAAGCCGAAAAAGCCUUCAACCUUAGCUCCGAAGAGCCUACUUAGCUUUGCGGAUGACGAAGAGUCCGAGGAUUCUCCUUUCAGUCGGCCUUCUAGAUCCUCCUCAUCAAGCUCUCGCCCCGUCAAGGCCUCCUCUUCUCACAAGCUGUCAACAGUGAAAGGAAGAAAUCCUACUGCGGCCUCUCUCCCAUCCAAUGUGCAGCCCCAAGCUGGUACCUACACUAAAGAAGCUCUCCUUGAGCUCCAGAAGAAUACCAGAACCCUAGCUGGCUCCCGCCCUACUCAGCUUAAACCCAAACCCGAGUCAGCCGAGCCUGUAAUUGUAUUGAAGGGGCUUGUUAAGCCAACUAGUACUGUUGAACAGGAGCUGGAGAAAGAACAGGAUAGUGAAGAAGAUGAUGGGACGGUUGAGAGACAAGGCCUGCCUCUGCGACAGGAUAGAGAUGAUACAUUGAACAGACUUGGUUCUAUGGGGUUGGAAAAAGGCUUGAAGGGAACUGAUGAUGUUGGGUCAGAGAUACCAGACCAGGCAAUGAUAGAUGCCAUAAGGGCAAAACGGGAGAGACUCAGGCAAGCUAGAGCAGCUGCCCCAGACUACAUUGCAUUGGAUGGAGGAAGCAAUCAUGGGGAAGCAGAGGGUUUGAGUGACGAGGAGCCUGAGUUUCAAGGGAGAAUUGGGUUCCUUGGGGAAAAAGUUGAGCAGGGAAAGAGAGGAGUCUUUGAGGAUUUUGAGGUUAGGGGGUCACAGAGGGAUGUUGCUGUUGAUUGCGUGUAUGAUGAGGAUGAAGAGGAUAAAAUGUGGGAAGAAGAGCAGGUGAGGAAGGGCCUGGGGAAGAGGAUGGAUGAUUGUUCUAGUAGAGGAGUUAGUGGUAGUGAUGGUGGUGUCAGUAAUAACCCUGUGGCUCCUAGUGUUCAGCAGACUAGGUAUGGAUAUUCAGUUUCUGGAGCUAGUGUAUAUUCCCCAGGGCAGACUGUUGGUGCUCCUGUUGUUAGUCCUAGUAUUCCAGGAAGCCUCCCUGGAUCAGAUGCUCUCUCAAUUUCACAACAAGCUGAGCUUUCCAAGAAAUCAUUGCUUGCUAAUGUGUCUAGGCUUAAGGAAUCUCAUUGCCGCACUGUGAAAUCAUUGGCUAAGACUGAAGAAAAUUUGUCUUCAUCGUUGUCAAAUUUGACCUCAUUGGAAAGUUCUUUAUCUGCUGCUGGUGAAAAGUACAUCUUUAUGCAAAACCUUCGUGAUUUUGUUUCUGUUAUAUGUUCAUUUUUGCAGGAGAAAGCUCCUUACAUAGAGGAACUAGAAGAACAGAUGCAGAAACUUCAUAAAGCACGGGCAGAGGCAAUUUUAGAUAGAAGAACUUCCGAUAAUGAGGAUGAAAUGAGAGAACUAGAAAAUGCUAUUAAUGCAGCAAAGCAAAUUUUUGGUGAACGUGGUGGCACCGCAGCCACAAUAGUUGUUGCAAAAGAAGCUGCCCUAAAAGCAGCUGCUGAGGCAAGAAGGCUAAGAGAUAUACCUGUAAAGCUAGAUGAAUUCGGUAGAGAUGUGAAUCAACAGAAACGGAUGGAUAUGACAAGAAGAGAAAAGGCUCGAGAGCGUAGGAGAGCUAAAUCUGAUGCUAAAAGAAUGUCUGCCAUUAGAAAUGACAGUUCCUAUCAGCGAGUAGAAGGAGAAUCAAGCACUGAUGAAAGUGACAGUGAGAGUACUGCCUACAAAUCAAACCGUGAUCAGUUGCUUCAGGUUGCUGAAGAGAUAUUUGGUGACACACAUGAUGAAUACUCUCAAUUAGCUGUAGUUGUUAAUAAGUUUGAGAGAUGGAAGAAACAGUAUUCUUCAAGCUAUCGUGAUGCUUAUAUGUCUCUGAGCAUUCCUGCUAUUCUUUCACCCUAUGUUAGAUUAGAACUUUUGAAAUGGGACCCUCUGCAUGAAGAUGUAGACUUCAGGGAUAUGGAAUGGCAUUCGUUACUCUACAACUAUGGACUUCCUAAUGUUGAUAGUGAUAUUAGAUCUGAUGAAGCUGACGCUGACGCAAACCUUAUUCCUCAACUAGUGGAAAAGCUUGCAAUUCCUAUCCUUCACUAUCAUUUAGAAUACUGUUGGGACAUGCUUAGCACUCGUGAAACUGAAUAUGCCGUGUCUGCCAUGAAAUUGGUGUUUGGAUAUGUUCCCCUGUCUAGUUCUGCUCUGGGCAAUUUGGUCACUGUUUUGCGCAACCGGCUUGCUGAUGCUGUGGCUAAUUUAGUGGUUCCCAAAUGGGACAAUCUUGUAAUGAAGGCUGUACCAAAUGCAGCUCGUGUUGCAGCGUAUGGGUUCGGCAUGUCUGUCCGUUUGAUAAGGAAUAUUUGCUUGUGGAAUAAUGUUCUUGCAAUUCCUAUCUUGGAGAAGCUUGCUCUUGAUGAGCUCUUAAGUGCUAAGGUUCUUCCCCAUCUUCGGAGCAUUAGAUCAGACAUUGAUGAUGCAAUUACAAGAACUGAAAGAAUUGUUGCUUCAUUAUAUGGUGUCUGGGCUGGUCCAAAUGUUAAUGGUGGUAAAAGUCCCAAAUUGCAACCACUGGUCGAUUAUUUGCUAAUACUGAGUAAAAUGCUGGAGAAGAAGCAUUUGGUGACUGGAGCUGAGCAGGAGACUGGAAAGCAUGCUCGUAGGCUGAAGAAGAUGCUUGUUGAACUUAAUGAGUAUGAUCAUGCGAGGGAAAUUUCAAGAACAUUUAAUAUCAAAGAGGCAUUAUGAUAGGCCCUUUCACUACAGGGACAAAAGAUUUGGCGGCUACCCCUUGUCUGAUGUCUAAGGGCAGACAUGGUCACCCAUCAAAAGUUAGUCACAAGAGUCGUGCGGGUUAACUGGAAUCCAGAGGCUUACCCUUCUAGUGUUUUACUUUUCAAAAUUGAGGUGAUGCAGCAACAUAUUUUUGUUGGCUGUCGCCAUUUCUGUUAAUUACGUCAUAUAGAAUAAUAGAUCAAAUCUACUCGUUUAGAGGUUUGAAGGAACUUUAGGCAGCUGCUAAAACUAUACUGCCUAAGCUGGAUUAUUAUAGGCCAAAAGGAGAGCGUGGAAAAUGCCUAAUUGGCCGGCAGCCCUGACCCCUUUGGCGUGGAGAGUGGAGUGGAAAAUACAAUCUUGUUCGUAGUUAUCAAUAAUAUAGUAAUGUAAAAGAACUAUGUAGGUUUUGAUGU